ACCUCAUAAUAGGGGCUGAAACCAUCGAUACUAUCGAUAGCCCUAGCGAUAGUUUUUCAUCACUACAACUGACCGAAUCAGCUGUUCACAAAAUUAAGUUAGGAAUUCGGAGCACCAUUUUCGCCGCCGUACACAAAUUUGUAAACUUUGGAGUCAUGUAUUAUAUUAAAGCGGUGAUAACAGCAUUGCAAAUCAAAUGAAAUAUUCGGCAGUAUGAUAUUAAAAAUAAACCAAAGGAGUUAUAAUGUUACGGACUUGGCUGUGCGCAUCGCCUUGGUGCUACUGUUGAUAUAUUGGAUUAUGCCAUGGCGCUUUGCUUCACAUUACGAGUUUUUACACCAAAAUCAAAUAAGUGAGGAGCUUGUCGAGCAAGUUACCAGUAAUAUCUCCAUGCAACGCAUGCCUUCAUGUGAUUACAGUGAUAUUAUAGCAGAUAAUGCAAACACAUAUCGGCCGCAGUAUCGCGAACAUGUACUGCGUGGAGAAGAAAUAAUACCCGGUGGUGAAUAUUUUCCGGAGGAGUGUAGCGCACGAUUUAGUACCGCAAUCAUUGUGCCUUACCGCAAGCGGGAGGAGCAACUUCAUGCUUUUCUUAUCUACAUGCACAAUUAUCUGCGGCAGCAACGCAUUCAUUAUCGAAUUUUUCUAAUUGAACAAUAUGAUCAGAAACCAUUUAACCGCGCGAAGCUUUUCAAUAUAGGCUCAGUAAUUGCUGCUGAACUGGAAUUUCCUUGUUUAAUAUUACACGAUGUCGAUCUGCUCCCGAUGAACCUAGGUCAACUAUACGCUUGUACACUGAAUCCGCGACAUAUGUGCUCCGCUUUGGAUAUUUUCCGUUUUACAUUGCCAUAUCGUGGACUAUUUGGAGGUGUUGUGGCUAUACGAACGCAGCAAUAUAGAUUUAUUAACGGAAUGUCAAACUUGUUCGAGGGCUGGGGAGGUGAGGACGAUGAUUUCUUCAACAGAUUGUACUCCCAUAAAAUUGAUAUUUGUCGCUUUGAGCCGGGAUAUAGUAAAUACACGAUGAUGCGACACAAGCCAGAGAAAAAGAACGAAGAUCGGCUGAAGUUGUUAAGAAAUGGUUACAAGCGCUUCCUGACUGAUGGCCUAAAUUCGUUGGAGUACAAAGAAAAGGAACGUCGACUUCAUAGCUUAUUCACACACAUUCUCGUCGAAACUUGAGUUAAAUAAUGUCUUACAAAAAUAUGCCAAGGAAAGAAAUUUUUAAUCGUCCGAUUAAAAGAUAAGUGGAUUGAAAACCCACUCGAAUAAGGCUUGUAGUUGUAGUUAUCAAGACUACAACGAAAAGAUAUAAAUACAUAAACAUACACAAGUUUAAGUACUCGUAUACCUGUGAGCAUCACCAUGUAAUUGGUCUAAGGUUACUAAUCUAAAACAAUUCGCCCACUUUCCUCAAUAGCGUAUCAGCUCGAAAUUCACCGUUUGACAGGAGUUCCAAAAAACUAUUUAUCAUGAUCACAUGUGCUCUUACAACAAAUCAAAAACAAAAACUACUUCAGGUUUUGCUGGCAGAAAUGUAUGAUUGUACUCUGAGGUAAAUGUAUAAUCGGAGAACAAUUUUAUCGCAUAAUAUUUUUAAUUAAUUCACUUUUGAUGCAUGUGUGCGGAUUGCUUUAUCUGGUACUUCACAUCACGUUGUUCUUAACCAAAUUUCAUGUACGUACAUAUAUAUGUACGUAGUUUUUCGCAGUUGUCAAGAAUGAAACGAUAAUAGUGCUUGUUGUUGCAUUAGCAAAAACUGAGCAUUUGAUAAUAAAGAUAAAUUGGUAAUUUUAAAGAUUUGGUUGUGAAUUACAAAACCUUGCAACGAGAUUAUACCUAUCGCUACGAAUCUCAUUUCAUACUUUAGAAGUACGUUUGGGAUUCAAAUUUAAAACUUUCACACCCUUAUUGCGAGUGUCGACUAGUAGUAGAUAAACGACUCUUUUUCGAUUAUCGCUUGUCCAUGGCAUUCUGAAUGUCGAUUUCUCGUUCAAUAAGCGAUUGUGAAGAGUUUUUUAUCGCUAAUUUUUCUACAACUGUUUGUCUGUAGAAGGAUGAGCGACUAUAAACUAUUAACACGCACUUAUUGAACGAGAAAACGACUUUGAAAAUACCACGGAUAAUCGAUAAUCUACUAACAGUCGUUUAUUUACUACUAGUCGACAGUCGCAAUAGGGGUGUCAGUUACUUUUCUUAUUAUUGAAAGUAGGAGCUAGGGGUAGUGCAUUAAGUUUUGAGUGCACUAAACAUUUCACUAGCACUGAAUAUAAUAAAAAAAAUUAAUUUUUCACUAUUUACCAUCAGCUUAGCGAUAGGAAAAAAAUUGCGCUAUAAACAAAGAGCGGAAAAUUUUAAAAGAACUACAUUAUAAGCUGAAAGCCGCUGAAAGUAAAAAAUGUUCACUAAACUUUCAAAAAUUAAUUUGUUUGUAACAUCAUCACUAGAGCUUGUUGUUGUUGUUGUUGACCCAUUUUGUAAUGAUGACAUAAUGUGAAUUUCACCAUGAGCUUCACAGAUUUGGCUAAUUUAAUUUUUGUGGUAUUGGCAUGUAUAAAAAAAUCUACGUACAAGG